AUGGAUCCGGCCACAGGGGUGUCGCCAGCGGCCCACGGCCAUGGCCUCAACGCCGGGGAGCUCGAGACCGGGGCGGAUCCGCCCACGCACCCACGCCGCGCUCUGCUCGCACGCCCGCCGCAGCCCUGCAGCUUCGUGUGCCAUCCCAGCGACCUUACCGGCGAGCGGGGAGAGAGAGGGCCGCCGGCGAAGCUCGAGGCCGCUGGAGAGGGCCCCUGCCAGACAGAGAGAGACGGGGAAGCAAAGAGCUCGGAGGCCGGGCCGCCGCCGCCGCGUCCCCACACCGCCCGGGUGGGGCGCGUGCCCACCGCCACCGCGUCCAGGCGCGGCGCGCGUGCGCCCGCUCACUGCCGCCGCGGACGCGCGCCGCCCACUGCCGCUGCAUCCAAGCGCCGCGCGCGCCCGCCCGCCGCCGUCAAGUCCACGCGCGCGGGCUACCUAGCGCUGGGAGCUGGCCGCUCCUCCCUCCCGAGCUCGUCCUCACCAGUGCCGCGCCCGCGCCACCAGGCGCGAGCAGAGGAGGGCGUGGCCGGCAGGCGAGCAAAGGAGGGUGGCGAUAGCGCCUCCGCCUCGCCGCGGCUCGGCAAGAGAGCUCCGCCGCCGCCGCGGUCAGGGAAGGAGCUUGGUCGGAGCAGAGGCAAGUCGGGCUGUACAUAA